AUGGCUUCUCAUCUGUGUCCACAGGAGGGAUUUCUCCUCGGGGAAGUGAAAGGCGAAGCUAAAAACAGCAUUACUGACUCCCAGAUGGACGAUGUGGAAGUUGUUUAUACAAUCGACAUUCAGAAAUACAUUCCAUGCUACCGGCUUUUCAGCUUUUAUAACUCCUCAGGUGAAGUCAAUGAGCACGCACUGAAGAAAAUACUUUCAAAGGUCAAAAAGAAUGUGGUAGGUUGGUACAAGUUCCGUCGUCACACCGAUCAGAUCAUGACAUUUAGAGAAAGGCUGCUUCACAGAAACUUACAAAAGCACCUUUCAAGUGAGGAACUUGUGUUUCUCUUGUUAACACCAAGCAUUGUGACAGAAAGCUGUUCCACUCAUCGGCUGGAACAUGCCUUAUACAAACCGCAGAAAGGACUUUUUCAUAGGAUCCCUUUAAUAGUGGCCAACUUGGGCAUGUCUGAACAGCUGGGUUAUAAAACUACAUCAGGCUCCUGUACAUCUGUGGGCUUUAGCAGAGCAGUAAAAACACACAGCUCUGAAUUUUUUAAAGAAGAUGGUACUUUAAAAGAGGUACAUAAGAUAAAUGAAAUGUAUGCUUCUCUGCAAGAAGAGUUAAAGGAUGUAUGCAAAAAAGUGGAAGGAAGUGAACGAGAAGUAGAGAUGCUAAUGAAGGACGUAAACAUAUUAAAACAAGAAAUUAAAAAAAGACAACAAGCACAGAUUGAAGUAGCACGAGAGCACAGUGUCCACAAGGAACCUCAGGAGAACAAUUUUCUUUGUCAAGCUUUACGGACCUUUUUUCCGGAUUGUGAAAUUCUCCAUUCUUGUGUUAUCUCUUUGAAAACCAGACAGAUUUCUGAAAGCAGAUGUGAUACCACACACAGUCUCGAUGUGGCAGACAAGCUGACCUUGAUGGUAGAGUAUGCUGACUCUCCGGAAGCCAGUCUGGCUAACACAGCAGAGGAGCCUAAACGCAGAGCUGUGGGCCCAGGCGAUGGACAGCAGCUGAAGAAGUUGAGGCUGUCAGAGCCAGGAAACGAAGGAUCUCAGACAGAUACUGAGAGCAGUAACCAAGAAAAAGCCUUCACAACAAGUAGCCCAGAAACGGAUGAUGAGAUGGAAAGAACACAGGAUGCCAAUGAAUAUCCAGAAUCCCCCACGUUUUAAACCUUGUUACUCCAAGUUUUAACUUUGCUGAAUGCAUCACUCUGUUUCAGCCACUCACAGUGACCCACAGAAAAGCCAGCUCACUUUGACUGCUUCCAGCUGUCUGUGGUGCUGCCUGGGUGAGGCAUUUGUUGCUACUAUGGUUGCUUGCUUACAAUACAUAAGUAAGUUCCACUGCACUUAUUUCAUAAA